CCCACCACAGUGUUGCACACUGUUUCCACAACCACACCCGACCGUAGCUACGUAAAACCAGCUACGCCGCGACAACGCAGCUCACCCCACUACCGACCAUAGCUACGAUAAACCUACGCCGCGACGACACAGCUCACUUUACUAUCGAUCAUAGCUACGAAUGACAAUCAACGCCGCGACGACGCAGCUCACUCUAUUACCUACGAACCCACCAUUCCGCAACUAAAUAACGACUAACCGCCAUAACUCAUAAUGCCUCGUGUCCCGAACUUCCUUGAUCUCGAGCUCCGCAUGGACGACAACUGCGGCUGGGACGAUCUUCCCGGACAAACCUACGACGUGCCUAUCUGGAUGGAGAGGAUGGGACUCCUCCAGAUCCCCGACUGGAUGCGCGCCGAGGAUGGAAGCUGUACCGUGGAUUACCGCAUUGGCAUGGGCUACGAUAAGCCCAAGAUCUACGUUACGUCCCUCGAAAAGAUCUCCCCCAGCGAAGAAGAGGACAAUGUUUUCCCGAAGAAAAAGUUGUGCCGCUUCUUCGCCAAGAACAACCGCUGCAAGUAUGGAGAGAAUUGCCGCUUCUCUCACGAGGCGCCAGGAUCCAAGAAACCGGAUGUCUCCAAGGGUCAUUGGAUCCCAGAGAAGGAGCUCAAGAAGAGCUAUGAUCAGAUCGCCCGUGAAGCUCGUGAGAAGCGCGAGGACGAAGCGGGAAAGCCCAUCAAGAUCUGCCAGUACUAUUUGGAUAUCGACGGAUGCAAGAGGGGAGUUCACUGCCCGCGCAGGCACAUUGAAGAAGAUGGCUCUCUAGCGAAACGUAGGGUGUACAGUUUUUACCCUUUGAUCUCCCGAGGUGUUGCUAACCCCUCUCGUUACAGAUUGAACCUUAUUGGUUCGCGUUGCAGCGCCAUGGAAAAAGUUUUGUUGAUUAAAAAACAAUUGGAAGUGGGGUUCUUGUGGGUUCGGACGGUGAAUGGGGUGUUAUCGUGUCGUUUCUCCACAUAGUUCUACCAGCUUUAGUGUUUUGCGUUCUGCUUUUUCUUUCGGUGACUGUAACUAUUCUUUGCGCUUAACUCCACAUGCUUCUUUCCGCUGCAUCUAUUUAUUGUGUGUACUGUUUUGGGUGGUCUGAGAGUUUCUGGAUUGUAUGGAUGUACAUACUUUGACCCGGAGAACGGUGGAAUCGGGACCUAGUCCCGGGAUGAUGCUUGUGGUACCUGUAGAUCAUCAGGAUGACCGAUUCUAACUCAUGGUUAGUGCAAACUACUCUACGAGUCUAGGCUGCUGGUAACUAUCCCAC